AAUGCAAACAGCUCAAUUACUGCCAAGUAGAGAAAUCCCAGUCUACGAUGGUAAUCCACUGCAGUUCAAUUCCUUUAUCAAGGCUUUUGAACAUUGUGUAGAAUCCAAAACUAGCAAUAAAGGGGACUGUUUGUAUUAUUUGGAACAAUACACUAGGGGGCAACCUAGGGACUUGGUUCGUAGUUGUCUUCAUUUAACAGCAGACAGAGGGUACGUGUUAGCCAGAAAGCUACUUAAAGAGCAUUUUGGGAACGAGCACAAGGUAACUGCAGCUUACAUGGACAAGGUGUCUGACUGGCCAAGCAUCAAGGCAGAAGACGCUGCAGCUCUAAAGCGAUAUGGUCUGUUCUUAAGAGAAUGUUGCAAUGCAAUGGAGGAGUUGCUGUAUUUAGAAGAGUUGAACAUGCCAAAUAAUUUAAGAAUGUUGAUUCAAAAGCUUCCUUACAAGCUUAGAGAAAAAUGGAGGGUUAAAGCAAAUGAAAUUCUUGAAAGAACUAGUCAAAGAGCACGUUUUCUGGACGUUGUCACUUUCAUAGAACGCCAAAUAAGAAUAACUGCUGAUCCCAUAUUUGGGGACAUACAGGACGUAACACCUGCCAAGAACAUUUCUAAGGUGGAAAGAUCUUUAAUAAAACCACAAUUCAAAAGAAGCAGCUUUGUAACUAACGUUUCUGUCAAAGGAGAAUGUCCACAAAACGUUUAUCAACCAAAAGCUCUGAGUCAAAGUGAAGCAGUCUGUGUGUUUUGUACACAAAGCGGGCAUAAUUUGGAAAAAUGUCGGAAGUUUGAGAAAAGGUCUCAUAAAGAGAAACUAGAUUUCUUGAAAAAUAAGGGUCAAUGUUUUGGGUGCUUUAAUGUUGGCCAUCUGAGUAAGAGUUGUGAAAAACACAACACCUGCAAAUACUGUAACCACGCUCAUCAUAGCAUGUUGCAUAUUGGUCAAAAGGAAAGAAAUUCAAAAGUCAGUUCAGCAAAGGCUCCAAAUCAGGGAAAUGAGCAGCAGUUUGAGAGUUACUCUACUUGUGGUCAUACUGGGGCUGGCUAUCAGCAUGGUAUACUGCCAAUAGUACCUGUUAAGGUGAAAAGUUUAAAGGGAGCUACUAUAGUGGAAACAUAUGCGUUCCUAGACCCAGGAAGUACAGACACGUUUUGUACUGAGAACCUUCUUCAUCUGCUUAACAUGCAAGGUCAAAAAACUCAAAUUCAUCUCCGUACUAUGGGUCAAAGCAAGAUCAUAAAAUCCUCUGUUGUGAAGGGACUUGAGAUUUCUGAUUUCUCUGGCGAACAUUUUUACACACUCCCUACAGCUUUUACUCAAAAAACUAUGCCUGUGUCAAUCGACAACCUAAUAAGCGAAGAAGAGUUGGCAAAGUGGUCGUACUUGAAGGGAUUAAAGUUUCCUAAAGUACAUGCUGGGGUGGAUUUGUUGAUCGGAACAAACGCUUCCAAACUAAUAGAACCUUGGGAGGUCAUAAACAGUCAGGGUGAAGGGCCUUAUGCCAUUCGAAGUUUGUUGGGCUGGGUUGUAAAUGGUUCAGCCAAAGAUGUCUACCGUGGAACAAGUCAGUACCCAUUGGUUCAAGUAAACCGAACCUCAGUGUAUAAGCUUGAACAGUUGCUAAUCAGUCAAUACAACCAUGACUUUGUGGAAGAAUCUUGCAUUGAGCAAGAGGAAAUGUCAAGGGAGAAAAAAAGGUUCCUAGACAUAAUGAAGUGUUCGGCACAGGUAGAAAGAAGCCAGUACAAACUUCCACUGCCUUUUAAAAAGGAAAACAUUCACAUGACAAACAACAUUAAUGUAGCUCUCCAGCGACUACUGGGUCUAAAAAGAAAGCUAAAAGCAAACAAGAGUUUUCAUGCGGAUUACACCAGUUUUAUGGCAGAGACCAUAGUCAAUGGGCAUGCAGAAAAGGUACCGCAAAACCAGUUGCAGCCAAUAGCCGGUAGGGUCUGGUACAUACCCCAUCACGCUGUGUACCAUCCACAAAAACAGAAGUUGCGCAUAGUAUUUGAUUGUGGAGCAGAGUACAAAGGCAUCUCCCUAAACAACCAGCUUCUGCAAGGUCCUAAUUUGACUAGCUCACUGGUCGGAGUUUUAGUUAGAUUUCGACAAGAGCCUGUGGCACUAAUGGCAGAUAUAAAGGCAAUGUUCCACCAAGUUAAGGCGGCUGAAGAGCACACAGACUUUUUACGUUACCUUUGGUGGCCUGAUUGUGACUUAGAACAGAUUCCAGAAGAGUACAGAAUGACUGUUCACUUGUUUGGAGCUGUUUCGUCCCCAAGCUGUGCCUGUUAUGCCCUUCGGAGGACAGCUGAGGACAAUGAAACUAACUAUGCCCCAGAUGUUGUGGAAAGCGUCCACCGAAACUUUUACAUGGAUGAUCUUCUUAAAAGUGUGCCAACAGAACAAGAUGCAGUCACCAUGGCAAAGGACCUCACGUCCAUCUGCAGCAAGGGAGGUUUUACCUUAACUCAGUGGACUAGCAACAAGAGAAAUGUGCUUCAAAACAUUGCAGAAAGCUGCAGAGCACAAACACUCUGUGACUUGGACUUGGAUAAAGAUAAUCUACCCGUGAGUAGAGCAUUAGGCUUGUUAUGGUGUGUUGAAACUGAUAACUUCAUAUUCAAACCAAAGGUGAAGGAAAAGCCUGCUACCAAAAGAGGAAUGCUGUCAGUUAUCAGCUCAGUAUAUGAUCCGUUGGGAUUCCUAGCUCCUGUCAUUCUACCUGCCAAGUUACUCUUGCAGAAACUAUGUACUGUAGACUAA